UAUGCGAAGUCGUUUACGUCUGAUAACCACGGAAACGCGCACCGGAUUUCGCGCGUUAUCUUUAGAACUAUUUACGAGUAAUUGCUUAUUAUCCAAAAGUGCAAAAUAUGUAAUAAAUUUAUAUGUGUGUGAAUGAAAAUUAUUUCUCGACUAGGUCACUUUAAAAAGGUCACGUUCAUUAAUCGCAAAAUGAAAAUUUAAUUAAGAAAUCGUGUGUAUUAAUUAUUAAUGUAUCAAGAAAGUAUCAAUAACGCGUUUGUUUAAAUAUUCGAAAUGAUGGCAGAUGAAACCGUCAACAUGGAAAUGCUCGAGAACAAUUUGCUGAAUGUCACGAACGUGACAGACCAAUCUUCUGCGUACAGUGAAUCCUACCCAUUACAUCUGCUAGUACCAUUAAGUGUUACGUACGCUGUCAUAUUCAUAGUCGGGAUCUUAGGGAAUACAAGCACAUGCGUGGUCAUAGCGCGUAACCGCUCCAUGCACACCGCCACUAACUUCUACCUCUUCAGUCUUGCUAUCUCCGAUAUAAUACUCCUUGUGUGCGGUCUGCCCUUAGAAUUGUAUCGCUUGUGGAAUCCGUUUACGUACCCCCUCGGUGAGGCGCAAUGUAUCACGAUAGGUCUGGCGUCUGAAACGUCUGCGAACGCAACCGUAUUGACUAUUACGGCAUUCACUAUGGAGCGAUACAUUGCUAUAUGUAGACCGUUCAUGUCGCAUACCAUGUCGAAGCUUUCACGGGCUGUGCGAUUUAUUAUUGCUAUAUGGGUGUUCGCGCUGUGUACGGCGGUACCUCAAGCGAUGCAAUUCGGUAUAGUGUCUUACGUUGAAAACGGACAGAGCAUGAGUGCUUGUACUGUGAAAGGACCUGGUGUGCACCAAGUGUUUGUCAUUUCGAGUUUUGUUUUCUUCGUUGUACCUAUGUCGGUUAUAUCGGUGUUGUACGCGUUGAUAGGGCUCAAGUUACGUACGUCUCGUAUUUUGCAUCCCGUUAAGAAGCUGUCAUUAGAUAGCAAUGAGAGGCCUGGCGCGCACACACCGUACAGAAACGGAAGCUCACAGAGGAGGGUCAUCAGAAUGCUCGUUGCUGUGGCGCUGUCGUUUUUCAUCUGUUGGGCUCCAUUUCACGUGCAGAGGCUUCUCGCGAUUUAUGGGAAGAGUUUGGAACAUCCGUCUGAUACAUUUUAUCUGGUGUACAUAGUGUUGACCUUUUUAUCUGGAGUCCUGUAUUUCCUUUCGACGGCUAUUAAUCCAUUUCUCUACAACAUAAUGUCGAACAAAUUCAGGAACGCUUUCAAGAUGACAUUAGCGGCUUGGUGUGGAAGGCGAGGUGGGCCUCGCAUGGGUCGGUCAUACAGUGCACUGCUGGCUUCACAACGGCAGAGGGCUGCCAAUGGCUUAACAGAUCCAGUUCGAGGGCCUCGAAGACUUCGGCGACUGUCGACCGCUACUACGCACCUUUGCGAUGCGCCUCCUAGAGCGCAGUGCUACCAAAAUCGCGAUCUCUCCAUAGUGAACGAGUCACCCAGCGCUAGCAGCCACUGGAGCCGAGUUUGGCGUCUACGAAACGAGCCGUCCGACUCCAUCGGAUCUCCACGAAGUAUCUCCAACUCCAGUCUCCGGGAAGUAGACGACGAACUGACCGGAGAGGAGUUGGCCACUUACAUGUAUCAUGUGAAUUGUAAUAUAGAAGGACUUACCUGAGACACAAGUGUUUAAGUUUGGUGAAUAAUCCAGACGCUUGGAGAAAGGAUCGCGCGUACAGACGAUCGAGCUUUGGAGUAAAAGUUGUUGUCGUUUGUUGUAGUGUCGAUGUCCAGUUGCUGUAGAACGUAUUGAUAAACGUAUAAAGACUGUAACUUGUUAACUGAUUCAGCUGUUGUGGGUUUCAUUAAGAUGAUAAUACGUAAGUUGUACAGAUUUAUGUUAUAGUACACGAUUGCUUUAGAUGCUCCUUGUGAAAACUACUAUCGAUCACAAAAACCUCUGCUCUUUGCUAUAUGUUUAUGAGUAUAUAUAGUGCAAUAGAGGAGCUUAGAUAGGCACUAAGAUUUGUUCAAUUAGCUUUCGUCAGUCGAACUUUGUAAUGAAUUAAAGACUUACGAUUGUGUGGAAAAAUACCUGAUUGAAAAAAGGUUUUUUUUCUUAAAUAAUAUUAAAAAUUUUAAAAUUUGUUAAGUAAAUAUGAAUUAAAAAUUUAUAAAUGCUAGAAUAAUAAUAUUUUAAACAAAUAAUUAUCGUAAUUCCUCAUUAGAUUUACGAGGAAAUGUUCAGAUAGUGUAAAUCUCAAAAAAACUAAGUAUUUGAUAAGCUACUCUUUAAAAUAACAGUCACGUUCAAGAAAUUAUUCAAAUUAG